UGGCAUGGCAACGUGUGCUUCGGUGCGUUCAGAUGUAAAUGGUUUUUCCAACAGUGAACUUUCGGAACGUUUCUGUGAGAAGAAGAUGACCAACAAUCCGAGAAGAAAGUUGAUCUAUUGCUCAUUGAUGUUCAUAACAUCAUCAAGUGAAUGCAUUCCGCUAUUUACAUAAUAAUCAGGAAAUCAUUAAUAUUAAUAUCCAUGUGCAACUGGGACCUUCUGUUUUGUUAACUAUAAUUGUGCUGCUAACGUAUCACUCCCUGUGCCAGCGAUGGAAGGUUUCGACGCAAUAUACUAUGAAGAUGAGGAGGAGAUCUCUGAAGAAGUUGAGCCCACUGAUGUUACCCUAGUGCCAGAUCCAGUUGUUAUACGUGGAGCAGGCAAUAUGACUGUGUUUGGUCUUAGCAACAGAUUUAGCCCUGAGUUCCCGAGUGGAUUAGUUUCAAGGGUGGCGCCAGAGGAAUUUAAGGAAACUGUGUUAAGAAUUAAUAGUGUGCUAAAGAAAACGCUACCAGUCAAUGUGAAAUGGCUAUUUUGUGGAUGCUUGUGCUGUUGCUGCACAUUCGGUUGCUCACUCUGGCCUGUUAUUUGUCUCAGCAAAAGGACACAACAUUCAUUAAACAAAUUAUUAGAAUGGGAAAACAGCUAUUUAUACCAUAAGCUUGGACUGCACUGGAGACUAUCUAAGCAACAGUGCGAUUCAUCUUCAAUGAUGGAAUAUGUCAUACUAAUAGAAUUCUUACCAAAAAUACCAAUCUACAGACCAGAUUAACAGUUCAAUUUACACUUUUGGUUUUUUUGUACAUAUUCGCUAUUUUUAGUUAGUAAUGGCUUUUAUGAAAUUCUUAUCUACACAUCUUGAUGUAUAUAAGGUAAAUGUGAUAACUAAAACUAAUAUAUAUAUGAAUCUAUGUACAUCUAUAUACAUACGAUAUAUCUAUAUAUAUUCUUCAGUUAUGUGCUAUAACUGGAUUUUGUUGGCAACUAUUUUCAUUGAGUUAAUUAAGUUUAGUUAUAUAUAGGUAAAAAGUUAUUCCAUAUAUGUGCAAUAUAUUUUGUAGUACAAUUUAUCAAAUUCAGCUUGCAUACAAUAUCAGAAGAAAUUAAUUAAUUGUUUGUCCUCUGUAAAUAUUUGUUUGUUACGCGCAACCAAGAUUUAAUUGUUACCAUAUUUAUUGAAACAUAUAGAGAAAAGUUAAAAAAAAACAUA